UAGAGAGAAAAUGGUGACCUUGGAAAACAACAAGUCAAGAUAUCUGGUGAUGGUGCUAAAAUAUCAAGGAUAACAAAUUUCAUUGUUAUCUCAUUUGCCUUGCUAUCUGAUGGAGAGAAAGUAAUGUCCUGCAAAGGAGAUCACACAGUUGGAAUUGUUUCUGGAAGUGAGGAUUAUGAUACUCUGAAAGCUUCCUGCAAAGAUCUGUUUGCUUAAAUUAAUGAGCUGGUUAAUGAAGGAGAAAUUGAGGUGGAUGGUCACAAGAUACCUUUGGACUUCUAUUUGUCUGGUGAUUAUAAGCUGGGACACAACUAAGCCAGAAAACUAUUGCUGGAUGGAUGGGAAUAGGAGAAUACUGGCUGAAAACAAAGAUCUAGCCAAUAAAUCAAACAACAACUAUGGAUGCAUUAGAUCUGCUCUGCUAAAAAUUCCAAUUGAGAACGUAAGGGUGGACGAGGUUCACUUACUGCUUCGAGUUACAGGUACUUCAUCCAUAUAGAAUCAACGUGUAUGUUAAAGUCCCUGGGAUGUAGUCUUUUUUAACCUUGUCCCCAGAUUUCCCCUGGCUCAUGAAUAACAUUCUGGGGAUAAGAGUAAGUCCUUGCCGCACUCUAAGGAAACAGAACUUUUGGCUUAAAUGUUUUGAAAAUACUAUAAAAACUGAAAACGAAGAGAUAUUUUUCUGUCUGUUUACAGAUAGAUUGGAGAAGAACAUUCUCAACAAUGCAAUUGAGAAAGACAAGAAAGACAACCUUGACAAGGCACCAUUGGCCAGAAAACACAAAACCAUGCAAAAAAACAUAGAGGCGAUUAACAGUUGUGGGGUGAGCUUUAGUGUAUGGGAGAAGCGCAAUGCUGAUGGAACGCCAAGUGGCUUGUAUGAUUGGACAAGCAUGGUUGGGAAUGAGAAGAAAAAAGUGCUCCGAAGCCUUCCCGAUAAGUUCCCACAGAUCCUUGAUCCAGAACACUGUGAUUCAAUCACCAAACUAUGGAAGGGUUUUGACAAUGUAUACCAAACAUUAUCAGCUUGGAAGCCAAGUCAAAAUCGCAUAAAUUCCUUCUUUAAGGAUGCAACAGAGUGGAUAAAAUUGUAUCUAUCACUUGGUGGAGAGGUCAUUGGAUAUGAAAAUGCUUCUGUCACCCCAUACUUUCAUAUAUUGGCCUACCACCUACCCCAAUUCAUCAGAGACGAGACCCCUUUUAAAUCAUUCACUGGCCAAGGAGUUGAAAAAAUUAAUGAUACUGUACGCUCCAUAUACCACAACAAAUGCAACAAGCAUGAUGCAUGCAAAGAGGCAAUGCUAGCCCUGAAAAGAAUUGAACAUCUUCAAGAUGUUGAAAGGCAACCACACCAGUAUACCAAAAAAAAAGAUGAGUAUUGGGAAGCUGACAUCUUUGAGCAAAGAAGAAAGAGACCACGACUGUGUGUUGCCUCAACACAUGAUAAACCACCAAUUACUGAGGGUGAUGUGGACACAAUGACCAUCCCUGAGCUAAAAACCAAACUCAAAGAAAUGGGAAUUGCUACCAAAUGUAGGAGAGAAGACAAGCUAAGGGAAAUUCUCAGGAAAGCUAUUUCUGAAAUUGAAGCCAAUACAUUAAUUUUAAUUGAAGCUCUUGGAAAUGUUCAAUCUCUCAUUGGAACUGGGCCAAUUGGAGAGGCAUUGAUGAUGAAGAAAACAGUGGCCCUGCAUUCUGUAAUUAACUAG